GGAUUUUAGUUACCGGGGGGAGAACGUACAUUGGUGCACUCAUACAGGAAGUGAAUUGAAAUCGUGCUCAAAGCGUUUAACCGGGCAAUGUGUUGCUAGUUGGCAAGCGGUGUUUACACAGAUGUAAACAAGAAAAAAACAUUACACAAUCUAGUUGUUUCCUGGCAGUCAUUAUGGCGAAACAACCACUUUCAAAAAAGGUUGCAGCACCAUCUGUAUCUCAGAUAAAUGCAGAAUAUGUCACGCAGUUGGCCAAUAAAUAUUGGGCUCCCCAUGUUAAGAACAAACUACCCUUUGACCCCAAGGUGCUGGAAGAUGUUUAUGAAAAGGAGAUUCUCAGUUCAAAAUUUGCCAUUAGGAAAAUCAUGCUUCUGGAGUUCAGUCAGUAUCUUGAGAACUACUUGUGGGUUAACUACACACCCAAGCGAUCCAGCAACGCCUUUCUGAUGUCCAUCAGUUGCAUUGUGAAUGAGAAAUUCAGAGAAAAUGUCCCUGCUUGGGAGCCGUUCAAGAAGAACCCGGGUCACUUCCCCUUCUUCUUCAAGUGUGUGAUGGAGGCGGUGCUGGCGGACGAGAAGGCGGGGCUAACGCUGAGGGAACAGACGGUGCUUCUGGUCUUCCUGGAUCACUGCUUCAACAGUCUGGAAGUAGAUUUGAUCAGAGAGCAGGUGCAGCAGCUCAUUUCUCUGCCCAUGUGGAUGGGUCUCAUACCAUCGAGACUGCAGCACGAGCUGAAGAAAGUCCCGAAGCUACAGAAGUUCUGGAAUCUGAUCAAGAGGAAAUACGAUAAGAUGGAUGCCGACGCAGCAGAGCAGGCCAAGAAGGAACAAACCUUCCUCUCGGCACUGAUCGACAAAUUCCUCGGCGUACUUGGAUCCAUUCCUCCGUCAGGUCCGGUGUCAAUGGACAAGGUGCACUACUGUGAGAGAUUCGUUGAGCUCAUGAUCGACCUGGAGGCCCUGCUUCCAACCAGGCGCUGGUUCAACACUGUGCUGGACAACUCCCACCUAGUGGUCAGCUGUCACCUGUCCAACCUAAUCCAGAGGGAGAAGGAGGGUCACCUCUUCUCUCAAUUGCUGGACAUGCUGAAGUUCUACACAGGCUUCGAGAUCAAUGACCAGACAGGAAACGCGCUGACGCAGAAAGAGAUGACCACUUUGCACUAUGAUAGAAUCACUUCCCUUCAGAGAGCAGCCUUCGCCCAUUUCCCCGAGCUCCUGGACUUUGCCCUGUCCAACGUGGCAUCGGUGGACACCCGAGAGUCUCUGACCAAACAGUUUGGACGGCUCAGUCCCGACACCCUCCACCGGGUGGCCUCGUACCUGUGUCUGCUGCCAGAGCUGCCAGAAGGGCAGGGCACCACCUUUGAGAUGACUGUUCUCCUUGAGCUGCUGGUCUCUCGGCAUGAGCGCAGGAUAUCUCAGAUCGAGCAGCUCAACCAGAUGCCUCUUUAUCCAACGGAGAAGAUAAUCUGGGAUGAGAACAUCGUCCCUACUGAGUACUACUCAGGCGAAGGUUGUCUCGCUCUGCCCAAGUUGAACCUCCAGUUCCUGACCCUCCACGACUACCUGCUGAGGAACUUCAACCUCUUCCGCCUGGAGUCCACCUACGAGAUCAGGCAGGACAUCGAGGACGUGGUGGCGCGCAUGAAGCCAUGGCAGUCUGAGUACGGGAGCACAGUGUUCGGGGGCUGGGCCAGGAUGGCCCAGAACAUCACCGCCUUCUCCAUCGUGGAGGUGGCCAAGCCCAACAUCGGGGAGAACUGGCCCGCCCGUGUGCGCGCCGACGUCACCAUCAACCUCAACGUCCGAGACCACAUCAAGCACGAAUGGGAAGGGCUGCGCAAGCACGACGUUUGCUUUCUGGUCACGGUGCGUCCCAACCUGCCCUACGGCACCCGCUUCGACCGGCGCCAGCCCUUCGUGGAGCAGACGGGCCUGGUGUACGUGAGGGGCUGCGAGGUGCAGGGCAUGCUGGACGACAAAGGGCGCGUCAUCGAGGAAGGCCCUGAUCCAAAGCCCAAGCUGCGGGGAGACUCCAGAACCUACCGAGUGUGGCUGGACCCCAACCAGUACCAGCAGGACAUGACCGGCAGCAUCCAGAACCGCACCGAGGACCCCUACGAGUCCUUCAACGUCAUCAUGAGACGCAAACCCAAAGAGAACAACUUCAAGGCUGUGCUGGAGACAAUCAGGAACCUGAUGAACACCGAGUGCGUGGUGCCCGACUGGCUCCAUGACAUUAUCCUGGGCUACGGCGACCCUGGGAGUGCCCACUACUCCAAAAUGCCCAAUCAGAUCUCCUCCCUUGACUUCAACGACACCUUCCUGUCCCUGGACCACCUGCGCUCCUGUUUCCCUGGUUACACGGUGACGGUUGCCGAGGACAACCCCGAGCUGCAGGUGCCCCCCUUCAGAAUCAAGUUCCCUGUUCCCAACAAGGAGGACAAAGGCAAAAAGAGGAGGGCGGACGGGGAAGAGGAGGAAUCGCCCGCCGACAAGACACUGGUGGUCGUGCCCCACGUGCCCCUCAACCGGGGUCCCUAUCCUUACAACCAGCCCAAACGGAACACCAUUCAAUUCACUCCCACUCAGAUAGAAGCAAUCCGAGCUGGAAUGCAGCCAGGAUUAACCAUGGUCGUGGGUCCACCCGGCACAGGAAAGACCGACGUUGCGGUCCAGAUCAUCUCCAACCUCUACCACAACUUCCCCGAACAGAGGACGCUCAUCGUCACACACUCUAACCAGGCGCUGAACCAGCUGUUUGAGAAGAUCAUAGCACUGGACAUCGACGAGCGUCACCUCCUGCGUAUGGGUCACGGAGAGGAGGCGCUAGAGACGGAGAAGGACUUCAGCAGGUAUGGCAGGGUGAACUACGUCCUGGCAAGAAGACUGGAGCUGCUCGGGGAGGUGGGAAGGCUGCAGGAGAGCCUGGGUGUGCCGGGAGAUGUCUCCUACACAUGUGAGACCGCUGGACACUUCUACCUCUACCAGGUGAUCUCUCGCUGGGAGCAGUACAUGAGCAAGGUCCGGCCAAAGCAGGGCAAGCCGGUGGAGGCCGAGGCGGUGGCCGCCCACUUCCCCUUCCACGAGUACUUCUCCAACGCCCCGCAGCCGGUGUUCACGGGCCGCACGUAUGAGGAGGACAUGGACAUCGCCGAGGGCUGCUACCGCCACAUCAAGAAGAUCUUCACUCAGCUGGAGGAGUUCAGGGCCUUUGAGCUGCUGAGGAGCGGUUUGGACCGCUCCAAGUAUCUGCUUGUGAAGGAGGCCAAAAUCAUCGCCAUGACCUGCACGCACGCCGCCCUGAAGCGCCAUGACCUGGUGGAGCUGGGCUUCAAGUACGACAACAUCCUGAUGGAAGAAUCGGCUCAGAUUCUGGAGAUCGAGACCUUCAUCCCUCUCCUCCUACAGAACCCGGCGGACGGCUACAGCCGGCUGAAGCGGUGGAUCAUGAUCGGGGACCACCACCAGCUGCCCCCCGUCAUCAAGAACAUGGCCUUCCAGAAGUACUCCAACAUGGAGCAGUCCCUCUUCACCCGCUUCGUCCGCCUGGGGGUGCCCACCGUGGACCUGGACGCCCAGGGCCGUGCUCGCGCCAGCCUGUGUAAACUGUACAACUGGCGCUACAAGCAGCUGGGGAACCUGCCCCACGUCCAGCAGCUGCCCCAGUUCCAGGUGCCCAACCCCGGCCUCACCUACGACUUCCAGCUGGUCAACGUGGAGGACUUCAACGGAGUGGGAGAGUCUGAGCCCAACCCCUACUUCUAUCAGAACCUGGCAGAGGCAGAGUACACGGUGGCCCUCUUCAUGUACAUGCGCCUGCUGGGCUACCCCGCCGACCGCAUCAGCGUGCUCACCACCUACAACGGGCAGAAGCACCUGAUCAGGGACGUCAUCAACCAGCGCUGUGCCGGUAACCCCUUCUUCGGUCAGCCCAACAAGGUGACAACGGUGGACAGAUUCCAGGGUCAGCAGAACGACUACAUCAUCCUCUCACUGGUCCGCACCAAAGCUGUAGGACACCUAAGGGACGUGAGGCGUCUGGUGGUGGCCAUGUCCCGAGCCAGACUGGGCCUCUAUGUCUUCGGCCGGGUCGCCCUGUUCCAGAACUGCUUUGAGCUCACCCCCGCCUUCAACCAGCUGACCGCCCGCCCGCUGCAGCUGCACAUCCGACCGCACGAAUACUACAACCAGGAGCAGCCUAGAGAGGCGUCGAAGCAGCCUGACCACGUCGUGAAGGACAUGCCAGAGAUGGCCAACCUGGCGUACACCAUGUACAUGAGGAUGAUGCAGCAGCAGCAGAGACAGCAACAGCAAAGGCUAGCUCUGCCCCCUAAGCAGACCCUGAAGGAGGCUCCCGUCGUCCAGGCCGAGGAGCCCAGCUCUAUGGAACAGGAGGAGGAGGAGAAGGAGAAGGAGGAGGACGACGACAAGGAGAAGGAGGGGGACAAGGAGAAGGAGGGGGACAAGGAGACCCCCAUGGAGCAGGAGAAGGCAGAGGAGGCUGCGAGCGCUGAGCCAAAACCAGCAGAGGCUGCGGCCGAAGAAAAAGAGGAGAGCCAGAAACCAGAGGAGCGUCCCAAGAUGCCGGAGCACCCCGGCCGGGACAGCGACAGCGACGGGGAGGAGAGUGGAGAGGAGCAGGAGCAGGGGCCAUAGAGAGCGCCUUCUCUCUCGGCUCCUCGGUUUUUCUUAUCUGAAUCUGAUUUUGUAAACGUUAUGUCUUUUUUGUUUUUGAAUAAAAUGCAAUGUUUUUUCACACACA